CCCGCCCCUCUGGGCGCUUCUUCCGGGUGGGGCCCCGGGCCGAGGCCAUGGCGCCCUGGGCGCUCCUCAGCCCUGGGGUCCUGGUGCGGACCGGGCACACCGUGCUGACCUGGGGGAUCACGCUGGUGCUGUUCCUGCAUGAUACCGCACUGCGGCAGUGGGAAGAGCAGGGGGAGCUGCUCCUGCCCCUCACCUUCCUGCUCCUGGUGCUGGGCUCCCUGCUGCUUUACCUGGCUGUGUCACUCAUGGACCCAGGAUACGUGAAUGUCCUUCCCCAGCCCCAGGAGGAGGCCAAGGAAGAACAGACAGCCAUGGUUCCUCAGGCCAUCCCCCUUCGGCGCUGCAGAUUCUGCAUGGUGCUGCAACCCCUGCGGGCCCGGCACUGCCGUGAGUGCCGGCGCUGUGUCCGCCGCUACGACCACCACUGCCCCUGGAUGGAGAACUGCGUGGGGGAGCGCAACCACCCGCUCUUUGUGGCCUACCUGGCGCUGCAGCUGGUGGUGCUUCUGUGGGGCCUGUACCUGGCAUGGUCUGGCCUCCGCUUCUUCCAGCCCUGGGGGCUCUGGCUGCGGUCCAGCGGGCUCCUGUUGGCCACCUUCCUGCUGCUGUCCCUCUUCUCCCUGGUGGCCGGCCUGCUCUUGGCCUCACACCUCUACCUGGUGGCCAGUAACACCACCACCUGGGAGUUCAUCUCUUCCCACCGCAUCGCCUACCUCCGCCAGCGCCCCGGCAACCCCUUCGACCGCGGCCUGACCCGCAACCUGGCCCACUUCUUCUGUGGAUGGCCCUCGGGGUCCUGGGAGACCCUGUGGGCCGAGGAGGAGGAGGAAGAGCGGGAUGGCAGCAGCCAGGCUGUUUAGGGUCACUGGAGGCCAGGCCACCAUCUCGUGCCUGAAGACCAGAGGGGCUGCACCAGGUGGGGUCGGCCCCCUACUCCUGCCCACUCCUCCCGGGCCUCGGGGCGGAGCUGAAGGACAGAACCCUGCCUGGGUGGGCGGCCCUGCCCUCUCGAGGCAGGAGGGGAGGAAGAGGACCUGUCGGGGGUCGGGGGCUGAGGCACAAAAGGACCCGGGCUUCGGAGAGGCCCACCCCCCCACUUCAAGCCAGGCUGCCUCCAGUGCACAGUUUUAUAUAUUUAAUAAUCCAUAAAGUAAGUCAAGUAUUAAAAAAAAAAAGCCAGA